CUGCGUCAACGUAGGACCAACUUCCACCUGUCUUUGGGUCACUAGCUCUUGAACUUGAACUUUCACAAGGCUUGGCUGCAAAACCCUUGCUUGAUUCUCAGUUUGCUAGCUUGCAUCGCCACAACUACGCUGACGUGUAACGUGGCGUACCGACUGAGGAAGUACUGCUGAUAAUCAAGUCUCUCUACGAAGAGCCUGAUGGCCUUUACUUACGUGCCGGACUUCAUUAUUAAGAGGAAACGCAAGCGCUGCGCAGACGUCGACGAUGACACAGACGAUGAAGAGAUGAAGUGUUCUGUCCUGCCUGGCAGGCCCGCCUCCCCGAACGAAGGGGCUCAAGGGCCAGUGGUAGUAGAAACUCUGUGUGCCAUUAGCCCACAGUGUAUUGCCCCUCAUGUCUCCUCCGCUGCUCAAGCAAAUCCUGGUGCACAACAUCAUAGGAGUCCUACUUCUGACUCAUUGAAGAGCCACAUCACUGUGGAUGACUUCCUGAGAUGGUCAGCGCAAACACCCAAGAGUCGCUAUGGUCAGAGCAAACGCCAUCGGGUGCAUUUUGAAACGCAGAUAAUUCAUGAUGAUGGCCAUAAUUUCAGAAAUAAUAAAAGUUUUGAAAUACGAGCAGCUGUCCAUAAUGGGAACGGAGGAAUGGUGAAGAGGAGUCGCGUGCCGCAGUGCCUUCCGAGGCGGGGUUCCAUGGCAUCCCGUCUGCUGAAUGCUGCAAUCCUAGCGCACGUCGACCCGGACGAAAACGGGAUUCUGCAGUCGAGUGACGCGCAUACACCGAAUAGACCCUCGCUGAAGUUCCUCUACGAUGAUCACCUCUCUCCACCCGGAACAAUCUCCAGAUCGAAGAAGAGGAAGCUCAUUGAUCCGCGCAAGACCGCUCCGUAUCCCGACGUACGAUCUGCUUUUAUCCCAUUAGCUCCAGAGUCACCAGGCUCGACGCGAGAUAGGAAACCGGUAUCCAGGUGGAAGCCUCGGAUGCCUGCUGGCUUCGGCGUGAAGCACACCAAUACGACAACUAGAAUUAUCACACAUGAAGGUGAUGCAGCCGAUGCCGCUAGAACGGACAUUAUACCGCUUACGCUCAUACCUCUGGAGGAACAUGAGGCCUUGCUCCGGACAAAAACUGAACGUGUUUCGGAUGACGUUCUGGACACCGUCAAUCGUCGAUAUCAGUGCCCCCAACAAUCUGGCCAUGCUCCACUGCCUAUGGUAGCACUGAGCACCAGGACACAAUGCAAGAAGCAUGAACGACCCGACGAUCGCUCUGAAGCAGACCCCUCGCGACGUAUGACGCUCUCAUCCAUGCUAGAUGCCCCUCUUUCUGCUUCCUCCCCAGCCCCUCGUGCCAUUGCCAUCGAUCACAAUGAACUUGCGAAUUCAAACUUUGUCUUGCCGAACACAACACGUGCUACGUCUACCCAUCCCGCUUCUGUUCUUGCUUGUAAUGAACCUCACUUCUCAUCUUCCUCAAGCUCGAACCGGCCUCCUACCUCUGUACUCCUGCAGCGUGAUCCUGGCCAGGGUCUAUUAAUCUCACGUGGUAUCGGAACGGAACCUCCUGACCUUGCCGAUAAGUCAGGAUCGAACGGCCCUCGCGGGCGGCGCCUGAGGCCACUGGCUUCUUUCUUGGACGCCUUUCGGGAGAGGGCUCGUGCCGCUGCGCAAAUUCAUGCGGCCGCCGCCUCGCAAGUAGAGCGCUCUAACAAGUAAUCUCCCUUUGCCCAGGAUGUACAUGUUGUCAGUCAUCAAGCAUCGGCACCCUCGGAUGUUUCCAGCGAUGCUGCAGAAAUUUCCGGUGGCAUCACUCAACUACACGAGAACGAGCCACCAUCUGUCUAUGGCAAGUUCCGUAAUGAUGUUGCCACGGACAAUGUCGACGGGUUUGAAGCUGACAUGCUGGAUCGUUCCGUAGACCUGUUUGCAGGAUAUAGUUGAUCAUUGUCAUGUAUUGUAUUGCCUUGUAUCACCCUGAAUACUGUUACAACCUUGUGCA